AUGGCGCUGAGCCCCCCCGAGAGCCAGCCGGGCCCGGAGCCCCCGCACCCGCCGCCCGAGCAGGAGGGCGACGAGGACCCGGUGCCUAUCAACCACCAGCAGCUGCGCAGCCUGGAGCCCGAGCCGGGCGGGAUCCCGCUGCACUCGCCAUGGACCUUCUGGCUGGACAAGUCACUUCCAGGUACCACAGCAGCUGAAUGUGCAUCAAAUCUCAAGAAGAUCUAUACAGUACAGACAGUACAGAUUUUCUGGAGUGUCUAUAAUAAUAUUCCUGCUGUGACAAAUUUGCCUCUGAGAUGUAGUUACCAUUUAAUGCGGGGAGAAAGACGGCCACUUUGGGAAGAGGAAAGCAACGCCAAAGGAGGUAUAUGGAAAAUGAAGGUCCCUAAAGAAAGUACGUCUGCAGUUUGGAAAGAGUUAUUGCUGGCAACUAUUGGGGAACAGUUUACAGAUUGCUCUGCAGCAGACGACGAAGUUAUAGGGGUUAGUGUCAGUGUUCGUGACCGUGAAGAUGUUGUUCAAGUUUGGAAUGUGAAUGCAUCUUUGGCAAGUGAAGCAACAGUUUUAGAAAAGAUCUAUGAACUUCUGCCACACACCUCCUUUAAAGCAGUGUUUUAUAAGCCUCACAGAGAGCAUCAUGCUUUUGAAGGUGGACGUAGAAGACAUUAACUGCACCCUGUAAAAAACUCAUACUUUGUAGUCUGAGUUUGUGAAGUGGUCUAAGCAGGGAGAUGGAUGGGCAGAAGCCUUGCAGAAGCAUCACAUCUGCUGGUCAUUUUCAGUUUG